GCCAAACUGCCGGGCCCGCCCCCAGGGGCGGGGCUCCCAGCACCAGGCGGACUCCGGUGCCGGAGACCGCGGAGUCCUGCCCUUGCCCAGCCCGGGGACGUGCCAUGGGACAGCUGAUGGCCAAGUUGAUGAGUAUUUUCGGGACACAGGAGCACAAGGUUAUCAUCGUGGGACUGGACAAUGCAGGAAAGACCACCAUUCUCUACCAGUUCUUGACGAAGGAGGUGGUUCAUACGUGCCCCACCAUUGGCAGCAAUGUGGAGGAGAUCGUUCUGCGGAAGACUCACUUCCUCGUGUGGGACAUAGGCGGGCAGGAGGCUCUGCGCUCCUCCUGGACCACGUACUACUCCAACACUGAGUUCAUCAUCCUUGUGAUUGACAGCACAGACCGGGAUCGGCUGUGGACCACCCGGGAGGAACUGUAUAAGAUGCUGGCCCAUGAGGCUCUUCGAGAUGCUUCGGUCCUGAUCUUUGCCAACAAGCAGGAUAUGAAGGGCUCCAUGACCACCAUGGAGAUCUCCCAGUUCCUGAGUCUCAGUGCCAUCAAAGACCACCCGUGGCAUAUACAGGCCUGUUGUGCCCUCACUGGGGAAGGACUGGGAGCUUUGGAGUAACCAGCUCCUACCUAGCACAGUCCCCGAAGCACAGCAGGCUUCCUGCCGGGCUCCAGUGGAUGCACGCUCAGGCCACAGCCCACUGACGUCCCAGCCCACGGCCAGCGGUCUCUCUGGGGUUUUGCAUGGUCAGCGUGGGUGGGAAGCCCAUGUGAUAUCUAUUAUUUGUCUAUGGUUCUCUGGUGGGGGCAAGGCAGCUAUGGAUGGUGAGACUGCCACUGUCUGCCCAGCCCCUCGGGAGGGGGAGCUGGCACGAAGACCCUGAAUUGCUGCAGACAGAGCAGCAGAAAAAGCUGCCCCAUAUUCCACGCUGCAGUUGUCCUUGGAGACACCAGGAAGCUAUUAGAUGUCUUGAGGGAUUAGGAGGUGGAGCCUUCUCCCUAUUUGCAGCACUCAGUCUUUGCGUAGGAAAAAUAUGUGUGCUGGGGGCAGAGUAAGAGACCCCAGAGUUGCUCUUCAGUUCCUAUGACCACACAAUCUCCCACCCCCGUCCCAGCUUUCUGGCCCUUCAGCCAUUUUUGUCCCAUAUGCUUUGGGCAAAGGAGAUUCCAGAAGGGUGAAGGGGGUGGGCUCAGGGGGAGAAGGGCAGAGCCAAAAGCCAGGAGAGGAAAGAGGGCAGAAUAUGACACCCAGGCAGGGACAGUCCUCCUCUCCUUGGCACUGCAAGGGUUCCAUUCCUCCUUCUCCUCCCCUCCCCUCUGAGUUGCUGCCUCUACCUCAGCUUUGGAGCUUUGAGCCUCCCAGUAGUACCCCACCAUGAAGCCCACUCCUCAGACCUGCUUGUUCUGUUCAUCUUUGUGUAAUGACUUUUUCUUAAAAUUAGGAUUUUUAUAAAGAUGUAAUAAAUGCCAUAGAAAACUGCUCACCUUUUA